AUGGCCACGGCAAAGGAUGUACAAUCACUUCUUCGCUUUCUGACACAAGAUGCUAGGGUUCCUCUCGCUGCUGCAAUUGGCAAGGUCAAAGGCCUACAACAGGCGAAGCUACUAAACCCGGAGGAUAUCUCUAAAGCAAAACUGGAAACAGUCCAAUCGGUUUUUACGGAAGAUAAGAUUGGAAAACAAGUGUGGCAUGCGGCGAAAAGGGUCGUCAAAAAGCGAUUAGCCGACGGAGACCCGGAAUCACCGUCAUCUUCAUCACCCUCGAAGAAACGAAAAGUGCCCGCUACAGAACCUGAGAUAACUCCUGAAUGCUUUGAGGCGUCACUCACGCUUCCCAUAAGUACUGACUUGGACGAAAUUUCCAAGACUUCUAUCAUCACCAACCGAGCUCCACUUGUGUUAGCAUUUGCAGUCAUAUCACUGAAGUAUACAAUGCCCGAACAGCCCUUAUCCAGCAGACUGAGUCUUGCCCAGGCCGUAGUAAGCGCAAACAGUCGUACAAAAGCUCGCAGACUUGGUAUAGACACUACCCCCGGCACGGAGGACGAAGGAUGGGCUCAAGGUCAACCUACCGUCAAGGUUCUGGGAAGAAGCAUAAGUGUCCUUCGACGAGUGGGAUACGACUGGAGGGGAAGGGCAGCUGAAUUACCUGAUGAUGAAUUUGAUAGCAAGAAAAUGGAGGGGAGCAGCAGUUCCCCGCAUGCCGAGACGGAUUCCCCUGCGCUCAGAGCCGAUGCGCCAUCGCCUAAACAAGAUAAUGACGGCGACAAUCUCCCAGCCCUUUGGGGUCUGGACUUGGAGGGCCAUCGGAAAUCGAGUGAUGGCCAUCACAAUAGAUAUGGUGGGUACGACAGUAGAAGCCAUAACACACAUCUCCCCGUAUUCAGGCCUGAAUCUGCCCGAGACUACCUAUUGGGGGCAUUUUGCACCCAUAGCCCGAGCAACGCAAAAGCCGAUUCGAAGUCAGCCAAGGAGAGAGCUCUAAGCGUGCUUCUUGGCGCCAUCGAUCAUGUUUGUCAGUCGUGGGCGUCGACGCUAAGCAAGGGCGAAUUAGAUAGGCGGGCCUGGUGUUGGUAUGUUGCUGUUCGGCCAGUGGUUGAAGAUGGAGUUUCGGGAUGGGGCCAAAAAGGAAAGGUCCAUUUAUCCGCCAUCCUUGAUUUGAGGAGGACAUGA